ACCCAUCAUGUGCAUGUGCUCCUUUCCACCUAUUUGCAUAUCGUGUCUAGAUGCAUUCGUCCGGGCAGUCAGUUGCGCAGUGCAAAAAGGAGAAGCAGAUUUUUCGUGCACGAACGAGUUCUUGCGGGAAUGUUUUGCUUCGAGGGAACUCUGCUGGCGUGAUUUGCGACGAAUCGGUGAAACUUGGACCCUUCUCGAAACUCAUCGCAUAUUUUCGUCGAUCGUAGUGAAGAUUUCCCACCAAAAUGGACCAACUAAAUUCUUCCACGCUCGCACCUGCGAUGAAGAUGGAGACGAACGGAACGACUGGAGUCUUGGCGGGGGGUUUCGUCUUCACCACCCUCUUAUUCCUCCAGGAUCUCAUCUUCAUGGAGACCGUCUGCAGCACGAGGCACAAGGGAUGCGUCGACAGAGAAAACUUUGAAAUUCACGCCAAGACGGUGUCUGAUGCGAAUCCACAGUCACAAUUGAGUAUACACCUGGACCAAAGCAACGCCGCCCUCGAGAAAUUCAUCGACAAUCUCCAACGAAACGACUGGACGCACGAGGAGGAUCACGGGGACAUCUCCACCUAUUCCCGAUACGAUCCCGAGUUGAAGAGGAAAAUCUACAAACUUCAGACUAUCCUGGACUACGACUACGAAUGGGCCUUCAGACAGACCUGGAUGACAGUGCCAGAUUCUCCCUUGUGGAACGAGGACAUCCGCGAGGGAGAGGUCCUCAAGAACCUCAGCGAGAACUGCAGGGUGUUCCAUGCCGUGACUAAACCUCAGACCUUUGGGUUCGUAUCCAGUCGGGACUUCGUGCCCAUAGAGUCCUAUAGGAGACUUGGAGAGGCCUAUUUCUGGGGUAUGUCCAGUGUCACCUGGCCGGACUUGCCACCUCUUCAAGACGUAGUCAGGGCCCACGUGAGUCCAGGUGGAGGAUUUGCGUUCGCUUCUUAUGGAGAAGACAAGAAGAAAACCCUGUAUCAGCUGAUUCCCAUCCUGGACAUCUACAUUCCUUUGCUGCCACGAGUGGUCGCAGACAAACUGGUCUGCGCCGCUCAGAGGAACUUCAUCAUUCGACUGAAGACCAGACUGUCUUACUUGCAUUCCUCCCUCCCUCUCACUGUCUGACCCUAAUGGAACAUGCCGACUGCGGAGCAGUUACACGCGGUACAGCGGCGUUCUCUUUCACGUCUCUACGAGGAAUGCGUGGUCAGCUGUUGAUGCCUGAAGCAUCAAAUAAAUGACGCUAUGGACAGUACUGAAUUUUAUUAUCAGCCGAAACG